GAAGGAUGACAUUGAAAUUAACAAGCAAGAGAAAGAAACCUCCAUUGCCUGUCUCUCUCCUACGCACACUCUCGCAGAGCGUCAGUGCGCAAGCCGCCUCCUUCUGAUGUCGAAUACUUUGCUGCUUAUCUUAAAAAUGCGAUUUUGAUCGCCUCCAACCAAGUUUAGGAGCUUUUCCGUGCUGUUGAUCGUCAAAGUUCGCAUCUUGAAGAUGGGCGCGUGUUCUUCGGUCGAUAGAGAUGCCGAUCCCUGCAUCAGAUACCGCCUAGCCGUGAGCUACAAGGGGAGAAGGAUCUCCGUUUCAUGGCCGGCAAAGGAGAAGCCUUUGGACGGGGAAAAGCCAGUCGGCGGAUAUGGUCCGGAGGUCCCGGCUCAUGUUGUCAAAGAUGAAGUCUUCUUUGACUCAUGCGCAUGGCUCGAUUCAGAUUGUGAAGAUUUCUUUAGUGUAAAUGGAGAAUUCACCCCUCAAGGUAGUACACCAAUUCAUCAAUUAAGUGUACCAAUGACUCCUAGGGAGUUUCCAGACUCAAAGUCUGAACCAUCUCCAACUGGGAGAAAGAAACUUGGUGAACUUUUCCGAGAAACCUCACAAGUAGAGUCGGAAGACGGUGUGCCAAAUGCCCAUAACACAGUGGUUGUUAAGAAAUUGGAUUGCGACACAGCCGCCACAAGACAACUUCAGGGAUCAUCGACUGGAGCUCUGUACCUAUCCGAGAACACUUUGUUCAAUAGUAAGGAGGCAACGCCGAAUAAAGACUCUAAAAUUAGGAAAGACAAAAUAUGGAAGACGCAGCAGUGUUGUUUGCCAAGCUUGCAUACUUUUGGCAUUGAUGACCGAAGAUCGAAGAUAAACUCUGGACCCUGCAUUGCCUGAAAAUGUUGUUUCGAAAAUUCUGAGCGAUCCAAAUGAUAAGCUUAUGUAACUAGAGGAAACUUCUUGGAUCCUUAAGCUUGUACUUUAUGUAAAACAUAAUCUUAGGUCAAAUGAAUUCCUCCGGGAAGUAAGUUAUGCGAUGAAUAUGAUAAACUAGUAAUUAUCUUCCUGCUUA